AUGAUUAUCUACCCGGACCUCCUCAGCCAUGAAGAGGUGUUCUCUGACAGCUACAAGUUCCUGGAGAUAGAGAACCGGCUGUGCCUGGAGGUAGAGGGGAAGAUGGUCAGAAAGGCAGAGGGUGCCAUUGAUGAUUCACUCAUCGGUGGAAAUGCCUCUGCUGAAGGUCCUGAGGGUGAAGAAACAGAUGCUACCAAAAUGACUGGAGUUGGCAUAGUUAUAAACCAUCAUCUGCAAGAAACUAGCUUUACAAAAGAAUCCUACAAAAAGUAUAUCAAAGACUACAUGAAAUCAAGCAAAGGCAGACUUAAAGACCAGAAGCCGGAUAGAGUAAAACCAUUUUUGACAGGAGCUACAGAACAAAUCAAUGUUAACAAAUUCAGCUGA